AUGUUAGUAGUUGGAGCAAGUCGAGCCUUUGAAAACAUCAAUUCUAUGUGUUGCUCCAAGUCACCUUUUUGCAUCAUAUACACAAUUGUGGCAUAUGCUUUGGUAGAAGCAUCACAGAAACACAAAAGAAUAUUCCUGUUAUCACCUCCACUUACAAUACAUCGUGAACAAACAUUGAGAGAUAGGGCAAAUGGAUUAAUUAAACCAGAAGUUACCAAAUCAGGCCCUGCAACUUUGUUGUCAGCUGAAGAAGAGCAGACUAUCUGUGACCAUGUAAAGAAAAUUGUACUUUUUGGAAUAUUCAACAUUGACGAAACUGGUAUUACACCUGAACAUACACCACCAAAUGUUGUUGGUCCCAAGGGUAUGACAAUACCAGCUAUCUUCUCUGAUCACUCUGGAACAACCACAGUAAAUGCUUGUUGUAGUGCAACAGGUCAGCCUGUGCCACCCUAUUUUGUGUUCAAAGGUAAACGCUUCAGUGAAGAAUUAAUAAAGGGAGCUUUACCUGGCACUGGUGCAUACAUGCCACUACAAAAGUGUUGCUAUUGCAACAAAUAUCCCAGUAAAAAGUCUAAGCAGCCAAGGAGAGUCAUUGGUGCAGGAAACUCUCUGAAAACAAUUAAAGCAUUGACAAAGAAUGAAAAUGUAACAGAAAAGUCCUUUUUAUGUGACAGAUGCAGACGCAGUUUAACUACCACCAAUUACAAUCCUGCCGAAAGUAUAUCUGUUAAAUCUCCAAAGUUAGUUAGGUUAGAUAUUCCGUCAACCUCGUACUCGCACAAGGUUUGUGUUGUUUGUAAGAAGAAGGGCGAUGAGAGAAAUCGGUUGGUUGUUUUAAAGAGUAAGGCAAUCACUCAGGCAUUUGUGCAGAGGGAUUUACAUAUACCUGACACGUCCAGGUGUUGUCCAUUACACCUUGACACACACAAUUUUUUCACUGCAGAAGCACUCACUAUGCUGGUUGCAACAAAGUCAUUCAGUAUGUUUUCAAGGACAGACAUAGCUGACCUCCUUCAAAAUUCACGUAAUCUGUUUAUAAGUUCUUCUAAGGUAAACUUUGAUAUUCCUAGCUCUAUGACUGAUGAUUCAUACUUUGCACUCACAGGACUCAAUAAGAAUGACUUUCAGGAUCUCCUUCUUUCAAUUAAUCUUUAUAACACAGAGGUACGUUCUGCAAGAACAUGUUUGGCUGUUUUUCUUAUGAAACUUCGGACUGGCGUUUCUAAUCGGGUUUUGGCCUCGCUUUUUAAUCUGUCAAGGGCUCAGGUUCAGGGAAUCAUCAAUGCUGCUGCUGAUUCCCUUUUGAGGUACUUUGUUCCUGUUAAUCUUGGCUUCAACCAUAUUUCCCAUUCUGACUUUGUUGAACGCCACACAACUCCUUUGGCUAAGGAAAUCUUUACCUCUGAUCCCAGUCAAGCUGUCCUGGUGCUUGAUGGGACUUAUAUCUACAUUCAGAAAAGCCAGUCGUAUGAAUUUCAACGCAAGUCCUACAGCAUGCACAAGUCACGUUGUCUUGUGAAACCUAUGGUUGUUGUAGGAACAGAUGGAUAUUUUUUAAGUGUACUCGGUCCCUACUAUGCCAACGGCCGAAACAACGAUGCAAGCAUAACUGAGCAUCUUAUGCGGACAAACCUCGAGUCCAUUAACCAAUGGCUGAAAACCGGGGAUGUCUUUAUCGUUGAUAGGGGCUUCCGAGAUUGUGUUUCAUUUCUCGAGGACAAUGGCUACUCUGUAAAGAUGCCGUUCUAUCUCGCUAAGGGGGCAAAACAGCACACAACUGAGGAGGCCAACCUCAGUAGACUCGUUACCAAGGUCCGAUGGGUCGUUGAAAGCGCAAAUGGCCGUAUUAAACAAUGGCGCUUUUUCGAUAAAGUUGUUCCCAAUGUGCUUCUUUUGCGCAUUGGUGACUUUACUCGAAUAGUGUGUGCAAUAAUGAAUAAGUAUUAUUGUCCCCUAGCAUCGUUCUCGAGAAACACAGAAGAGCUUGCUCGCCAGAUGCUCGAAAGAUCACAGCAAAGCAAUCGUGUAUUGCAGUACUUGCAAAGUAACAAUCUGCUUAACAAGCGUAGUUGCUUUGCAAAAGUAGACGCCUCUUCUCUUUCCUUUCUAAGUGAGUUUCCCAAGUUAACUCCAGACAACUUGCGAGAUAUCACUAUGGGCGUCUACCAGAUAGAGCAAGCACCGAGCUACACUCAAGAGCACCGAACCAGUGAAGGUGAUUAUGAACUCUUCUUCCAUAAAGAGAAUCCAUAUUUGAUUAAAAUUCAGAUGCAGUCACGACACAUAUCGUCACAUCAACACACGCUAUGGAUAGAAUACAACACUGGUUCGGACCAGCCACCUAUUAGUGGCUGGUAUUGUGGAUGCAAGGUGGGUGCCCGCACUGUAGGAUGCUGUGCCCAUGUAGCCAGUGUCUUAUGGUUCCUUGGUAUUGACAGGCACAGUAGCACUCCGGACCUUGGGCCUCAGGUUGCCUCGGAUGCUCUUUUAGAUGCUGCGGAGAUUCCUCUUUCCGAUGAUCAGGAAUCUGAUGACUGUGACUGCAAUACUGAGGAGUGA